CGUCGGAUUCGUCAUUCUCUCAUUUGUGUUUGAGUUUUUGUCUUCCUUUUUUCUGCGCCUGAAAUAAAGGGCCGAUUAUGAGCCACUCCUGUCUCCAGACAAGCGGAAAAGCCCUUCCUUUGCAUCUGCUGUAGGCCAGUGAGAGGUGAACAUGUGCCUGGCGUAGGUGAGACAGUGCAAAGUGCGUGAGAAAAGUGAGAAAAGACUUUUGAGUGAGGGACGAAGAGGCGACUGGGCGGAAAACUUUAUCAUAUUCGCUGAGCUGUGGGAAUUUCUGCUGUGUGACGGUGUGGAGAAGUGGUAUUUUCGGGUGUUGAAGAGCGUGGAGUCAUGUCGCUGUUCAAUAUAUUCGGGAGCAACAAGCGCGGCCAGUCGAAGGAUGGCGACCGGAACAAGGGUGGCGCCCUCAACAUCGGCACCCCCACGAACGUGGUUCACGGGGUGCACGUGAGCAAGAACCACCUCACGGGGGACCUGGAGGGUCUGCCGAGGCAGUGGCAGAAAGUCCUGAACGCGCUCAUCACUCAGGAUGAGCAACAGGAGAACCCGGAUGCCGUGUAUCAGGCGCUCAAAUUCUACAAUUACUCCAUCAAGAAGAAGGAUCAGACGGAGCCGUUCAAGCCAUUCAUCACAGAGGAGGCGAUCGUGGAGGAAUCUGCCGAGAUUGACAAGUACAUGAACAAGAAUGUCCAUCCCAGCGCCGACUCCUUGGGCGGCAAGAGCAGCAGCGACGAGAGCUACUCGUCAGACACUCCCCCUCCGCUGCCUGAGAAGCGCCCCAUAACGUCGCUGCCGAAGCCCAAACUCCUCCCGAAGCCAAAAGUGAAGCCUCCAGUGCCGGCAAAGCUGCACAGCAACUUCGACCACGUCCAGGAUCUCUCGCAGAUCAGCCAUAUAGAGCAACCCGAGGCGGUGGACGAUCUCAUCCUGCGUCCCAAGGACAAAGAUCCUGGCAAGCGCAUCCCCAAGACGGACGAGCAAGUGUACAGUGAACUGCGGAGCAUUUGCAAUCUGGAUGAUCCCACACAGAGAUAUGAAACGAAAUUAGAGGUUGGAAAGGGUGCUUCUGGCGUGGUGUUCAUUGCUCUGGACUUGGAGACGGAGCAGAAAGUGGCGAUAAAGACGAUUGAUUUGAAGAGUCAAACGUCGAAGGAGCUCAUCCUCAACGAGAUUCGCGUGCUUAAGGACUUCAAUCAUAAGAACUUGGUGAACUUCCUCGAUGCCUAUUUCCUGGAGCCAGAGAAUCAGCUGUGGGUGGUGCUGGAGUACAUGGAUGGAGGUCCGCUCACGGACGUGGUCACGGAGACGGUGAUGAAGGAACGCCAAAUAGCCGCCGUUUGCCGGGAGGUGCUCAAUGCGAUCACUUUCCUGCACUCACGAGGCAUCAUUCACCGUGACAUCAAGUCGGACAACAUCCUGUUGGGCAUGGAUGGGAGCGUGAAGGUGACAGACUUUGGAUUUUGUGCCAAUAUCGAGGGCGAUGAGAAGCGCCAGACAAUGGUGGGCACGCCGUACUGGAUGGCUCCGGAGGUGGUGACGCGAAAGCAGUACGGUAAGAAAGUGGACAUCUGGUCCAUCGGCAUUAUGGCAAUUGAGAUGAUCGAGGGACAGCCGCCGUACUUGAAUUCAGCCCCCCUGCGAGCUCUCUAUCUCAUAGCGGCCAACGGGCGGCCGGAGAUCAAGAGUUGGGACAAGUUGUCGGCGAAUUUGCAGGACUUUUUGGAUCGUUGUCUCCAGGUGGAGGUCGAUCGACGCGCUUCGGCGGAGGAACUUUUGCGUCAUCCCUUCCUGGACGACUGUAUGGAGUUGCGAACACUCACACCACUCAUCAAAGCCGCCCGGAGAAUCCUGAAGCGAGACUAAGUGGAUUCCCAAAAGCAUUUCUACCCUCCUUAAUGUUGGAUUUACGCAUUGAGUGCCUUUGGAACGAAUCAUUCUUUGUGAAUUUGAUAAAUUCGAGAGUAUUUUUGAGCAAAAUAUCUCCACAUUCCGCACUCAGCAAUUGCUCUACCGCCACAAUAUCACACCCAAAGGUGAGCAUCUUCCGACAAAUUGUCCGAUAAGCCCUUAUCUUAUUACAUCUUUAAUCUAUUAUUCAAUUUUGCACAAAUGCAGUAUUUGAUAAACAUUUUUCAAGAGAUGAAUUUCCGUGCUUAUAGAGAAGAAUGAGGGGCAGAAAAUUAUACAAUUUAAUAAUACAAUCAAAUUCAUGAUAGAUUUUAUAGGUGAAAAUGAUUUUCAUUAAGAUAUUGUAAGAUGACUUAUUGAGAAAUGAAUUGAAAAUGUGUCUAGAUUAAGAGAGUAAAGAGAAACAGAGAGAGAGAGAGCGAGAGCUAAGAGCUUCACUAUACAAAUGAAUUUAUAUACCCGGACAAACGAUUUUCUUUCCCACUUUAUGAAACUCUUUUUCCGCCGGCAAAAAAGACCUCUGCAUUCAAAUUGUGAAUUUUCAUCAACAAACGCUUCAUUUAAAUGGUUCUUCUGUUCGAUUUUUUUUAUUAUUCAAAGGUCAGCAAAGUGAGAAUGAGAGAGAAAAUAUGCAAUUAUUCAAGCAGACACAAAAAAAAUUGGGGGGAAAACAGAGAAGAGAAAAUCUAAAAGUCUGAUAAAGGAGUGUUUUUACAUGCAAUUUUUUGCUCUAAGAAAUUAACAUUUCCAAUGGAUAUAUUUUGAUAUAUAAGGAAUACCUUCAUCUUUAUACAAUUUGCGAGCACAAGAUAAAAUUGUUCGAGAUGAGAACAAUUGAGGACAGUUUUUUUGUACAUAGAUAUUCGAUGUGUUAUUUGUAAAUUUUUAAAAUUACUUUUCAAAUAAAUAUAAAUACAAUGAAGAAAUAC